AUGGUUCAGACGCAAUAUUCUUCCGUUAUUAAAGUUCUACGUUCUGAUAAUGGAGGAGAAUACAUUAAUUUUGAGUUGUCGGAGUUUCUCCGUGGUCAAGGGAUUCUCCAUGAAACUACAUGUCCGCAUACCCCACAGCAAAAUGGGGUUGCAGAGCGUAAAAAUCGUCACAUUUUGGAGACAGCCCGUGCCUUACUCCUUGGGGCCUCGGUUCCUCCACGGUUUUGGCCUAAAGCUGUUACUUAUGCCGUGUAUGUCAUUAAUCGUAUGCCCUCUUGGGUGGUUGGAUUUCAAACACCUAUUCAGGUCCUCACUCAACAUACUCCAGUGGUGUCCAGCAAUACUCUCCUUUCUCGAGUGUUUGGUUGUGUGGCUUAUGUUCAUAUUCAGAAAAUACAUCGUAGUAAAUUGGACCCGUGUGCACUACGGUGUGUCUUUGUGGGUUACUCGUCUCACCAAAAAGGGUAUCAAUGUUACCAUCCUGAGACCCGACAUAUGUAUGUAACCAUGGAUGUGACUUUCUCAGAAACAGAAUAUUUCUACAUUGCCGUACCUUCAACUUCAGAUCACCAAGGGGAGAACAUUGAUGGUAAUCUGAGUUGGUUGGAUCUAAGGGGAGAUGUGACUGUUGAACAACGUGUAGAACCUGGAACUGAGCCCAUACUAGAAGAGUCUCAGCAAGCUACUAUCGAGAAGGACCCUAUUGUUGAACAACCCUGUGCGGAGUCGAGUAUACCUUCUCUCUCUAGUUCCGAAGUGCUGCCCAAUACAUCUUCUCUGAAUAUGCCUGAGGUAAGUAUCGUAAAUGAUUGUGUAACUAAUCCAAGUGUAGGUACUUAUAAAUUGCCACCAAGACAAAAUCGAGGUGUGCCUCCUGAUAGGUUUUCUCCUGAAGGAAAGGUGAAGUAUCCGAUAGCUAACUAUGUAUCAUGCAAUAAGCUUGCACCAGAGCGUCAGACUUUGGUGAGUAAUAUGGAGUCCAUCCAUGUACCAACUCGAGUGGAGGAGGCUCUAAAAGAUCUGAAGUGGGCAAAAGCAAUGGAUGAGGAAAUGUUGGCAUUGCAGAAAAAUAAUACUUGGGAGGUGAUGCAGCUACCCGUAGGGAAGAAGACAGUGGGAUGCCGUUGGGUGUUUACAGUUAAAUAUAAAGUUGAUGGAACAGUAGAAAGAUACAAAGCAAGGUUAGUGGCUAAAGGAUAUACACAAACAUAUGGGGUAGAUUACCAGGAGACUUUCUCCCCGGUUGCCAAGAUGAAUACGGUACAUGUUCUUAUCUCUUUAGCUGCAAACAUGGAUUGGCCAUUAAAACAGUUUGAUGUGAAGAAUGCAUUUCUCCAUGGGAAUUUGGAGGAAGAAGUGUAUAUGGAUUUUCCUCCUGGAUAUAGCAAUGGUGGGAACACUGGACGUAGACAGAAUAAAGUAACAGCCUUGAUUAACUAUGUAGAUGACAUGAUCAUAACAGGAAACGAUGUUGAUGAGAUGUACAAGUUGCAAGGAAAUCUCGCGGUCGAAUUCGAGAUGAAGGACUUAGGGGAUUUGAAGUAUUUCUUGGGAGUUGAAGUUGCUCGCUUGUCAAAAGGUAUCUUCUUGUCUCAACGUAAGUAUGUACUGGAUUUAUUAAAAGAAACUGGUAUGUUGGGAUGUAAGCCAGUAGAGACUCCUAUUGUUGAGAAGCAUAAUUUGUGUUUAGAUCCGGAGCAGGAACUAGUUGAUAAGGGUAGAUAUCAGAAACUUGUAGGGAGACUGAUUUAUUUGGCUCAUACUCGUCCUAAUAUUGCCUAUGUUGUGAGUGUUGUGAGUCAGUUCAUGCAUUCACCGAGUGUGGAUCAUAUGGCUGCUGUUAUGCGUAUCUUGGCAUACUUGAAGUCGACACCUGGAAAAGGAGUCUUGUAUAGAAAAAAUGGGCAUUUGAGGAUUGAAGGGUUUACUGAUGCGGAUUGGGCAGGUGAUGUAACUGAUAGACGGUCUACUUCUGGAUAUUUUACCUUCGUUGGAGGGAAUUUGGUGACAUGGCGAAGUAAAAAACAGAAGGUGGUGUCACAGUCUUCAGCUGAGGCCGAAUAUAGAGGUAUGGCUUAA